CGUGCUUGACGUUUCAUUUCUUCAACCAUAAACAAAUUGUACUUAUCGUAUCGUUCCUAAACUAAAUCUUAUCGUCUGUAGGACAAUGGAUGAAUUUAAACGUUUAACAUGGUCAAUGUCAGACGCCGCUACGAAUGUGCAGGAGACAUACGCAUUAAAUAUGCGAGAAUAUUACCAACGUAAUAGAACUGAUGUAUUUUUCUCUCAUUUGAUGGAAAUUGAUCAAUUGCAUCUUCAACAUGUAUCGCAGAAUUCAAGUGAAGCAACUGUUAAUAAAGAGAUGGUCUCAAGACAAUUUGUUGAUCCACGAACUGGCCUCGAAAUUCCAUCCAAUGAAUGUGACUAUAAAAAUAUCGAACUUCGAAAAAGAAAUAUUUUCCUAAUCAAUAAUAUCGCCGUUUCGAAAUUACAGCGGCAUGAACAUUCUGCGUGUUUGAAUGCCCUUCGUUGCUCAGCCGAAUCGAUAUCCGAAUUGUCAACAGAAGAUAAAAGAGAUUGCAUGUUAUACGAAUCAACUGCUUUGCAUCGUUUUGAAGAAAAGAGCAGCUAUUUACAGAAAUUACGAGAACAUUAUUUUGCACAAAUCUCCAGUCGAUAUCACGAUGUGCCACCGUCCAUUGACUAUUUUGUUACGCAAAUUUGGAAGAAAAAAUUGAUAACAAUGCUUCGACAGCGGGCCAACGAUCGAUAUCGCAUGACAACAGCAAUAUCCAUACAGCCAUCAAAUUGUGUGAUAAAAUCCAAGACAAUUCAUCAAGAACAUUUGGGCUAUAUACCACAGAUUAUGCACGAACAUGUGGACUAUCUCAGAGACUCAUUUGCCAAUCUCAUGAAAGCAUACAAUCAACGAAAAAAUACUCACUCCACGCGGAUCAUCAAAGAAAAAGUGAAUGAUUUGAUAAAACAGCAUAAUGUUGAUUUUGUUGUUCCAAUUUCAAUACUGAAACUGCUUCUAAGCCACAAAUCCGGGUGGUCCUUUACAAUGACUGUCAAUGAUUCGAAUACUACAUCGAGUACAAAGGAAAUUAUUUUUGAUAAGCCGCUGCCAGUGGCAUAUAUGAGUGGCCGAGAGAGGUAUAAGAAAGGUGCCAAAUAUUUGCUGUACUCAUGUUUAAACCGAAAUACCUUGAAUGUGUACAAUCGUAAUGAACAACUCGAAAGUAAAACACUCAUUGAUUCAAAUGUGAUGGAAUGCCAUUCAAAUAUAAAUAAUGAUUUAGAAUACAAAGUGUCAAGCUGUGAUGAAUUUAUAAAGAAAUACGCAAAAAGCGAAACGUUAUAUGAAAAUAUGACGUUCACAAUUUUCGAUGUGACGGGUUGUGAUGAUUCGCCGGAGGAGACAGGAGAGACGUUCAAAUUGUUGGUACCUGCUAAGCAAGCCGCUUUCAAAAAUGGCGAAAAUGGUGAGGUGAUAUUUUUCAAUUAUUCACCGAAAAUCGAAUAUCAAGCGGAGUACGGAGCUGAAGUGAUGACAAAGGAAGAACUAAUUGACGAAUGGUGUGAAUUAUUUUUCAAACCGAAUACAAUAACAAAUAGAGUUCGUUUCGAUUGCAAGAGUGGAAAAGUGAUCGAUCGUCAAUCGUUUCCAUUAAAUGUUCUUGAAAAUGAAUUGAAUGCCAAAUACGGCAUUGAAACUCAGCAACUUCUUCAAAAACUUUGGCAAGCACUUCAAACAUUCGUUGCGUUUCCGGUUGGUGAUUAUCUCUUGCAGUCCGAUUCAAAGCAACCCACUAAUGUUAACGUAUUCGAGAAAUCUAACAGCGCCGAAACGCUUAGUAUAUCUCAGGUCAUCAAAAAGGUAAAGUUCGAACGUGACCCAUUCGAUAAAGUGGAAUGGCAGCCAAUUGAUGAUAAAAUUGUGAUUGAAAUUCAUAAUAAAUACCAGAUAUUACCGUGUGCUUUUCCGCAUAGUCAUUAUUUACAUCAGCAUGGUUUGAAACGAAUCAAAAAUAAACAGACCAAACAAAUGAACUGCACGAAAAAAGCGAAACAACGCUUGAAAAUUUGUCCGAAAGACGAUUCUCGUGCUAUUAUCGAGAGAUUACAAUCGAGAAAGCAGUUGCAUAAGAACCAAGUCAAAUUAAAAACUCAGAAUAAAAAUAGACUCAAAUUAAAAAGGAAGCGAGAUCGAAAAAAGGCUGGACAAGAGGCUAAAAAGAUAGAAGUUGACGAACUCAACGCCGAACGACAGUUUAUGUUAGAAACAAGAGAUCAAUACAAUACAGCGACAGUAAUGACGCAUAAUGAAUCAGCAGCGGCACAAAAAGAAUUAGCCAAUAAUUUGAUUGGAACAAGAGGAGGAACAAAAUUCACAAAUUCACAGGAAAUCCAGCAAAAUGUCAGACGUAGCAAUCGAAUGUCAUCGAAUAAAUGACCGUAAUUCGUAUUUUAUAAGAAUGUUGUCUUGUUGCAUUUCAAAAUCCGUGUCAGCUGAAAUUUUAUUUUCAUAAACGUGCAUGUUACAAAAAAUCAUGUUUAAGAAAAACCGUUUUAAUAUAAUUUUGAAUUAGAA